GAUUAUAGUUGGCAAAAUAUACAUCAAGAAUCCAGAACUAAUUUCACGAUGGGUUCCUACAACGCCAACGACGACAGUCUAGAAACCAACCCUACUCUCUUCCCAGCAUCUAUUGAUACUGUAUCACAGCGAGUGUCCAAUCUCGUGGAAAUAGAGACCAAGUUUGCCCUUGAUGAAUUCAGGAACCUUCUGCCCAAUGCCAGCUUGGACCGAUUCCUGCAAACGGUAUGGAGCAUCGUGCUCCAUCGAUUCUCUGGCAGCAGUCCUUUGCUAUUUGCAUGUAGCGCACCCGAGCACUACCAAUCGUCCCGGAAGCCUGUUCCUCAGUCUGAGAUGUAUGUUUGCAAGGUAUUUCUAGAUGAGGAGACUUCUGUUGGAAAUCUCGUCACAGAUGGAGGAUCUAUUGUGCGAUGCUCCGUUGACACAGUAGGGCGAGACCUCUAUAACUCUAGUGUUCUAAUUCAACACGGGUUUGGCUUGACGAGAGAUAAAUCGAGUCUUGAUAGUGAUCCCAUCACUCCAAUUCUAAAAACCAGAGAGGAAUUCGACGUCGCUCUUAUCGCGGUAGUACAUAAAACCACCGUUCAACUGCUUGUGCAUCACCAACUCUCCCAUACUUCCGAGGUGCAGGCCAGGAACUUGACAAGCAAUGUUGAGCAGGUGGUCCAGAGCAUGAUCAAGGGUCCUUUACACCAGAAGGUCAUUGAGAUGGAUAUGUUCAGCGACCGGAACCGGGCUGAUAUCACCAGCUGGUAUAAUCCUCAUCUGGGACGGAGAGCUUUCGUCUCUGUGGCGGAACAGAUUCAUCGACGAAGCGUCGAAGACCCAUGUUCACCCGCGGUGGUAUCCUGGGAUGGCACCGUUUCCUACGGGGAGCUUGAGCGAUUGUCAUCAAAUGUAGCCAAAAAUUUGAUCUCGAGGGGUGUUGGCCCCGGUAGUUUCGUUGGGCUGUGUUUCGAGAAAUCUAAAUGGGCAAUUGUCGCUUUGGUGGCUAUACAUAAGACAGGGGCUGCGUUUGUUCCGUUGGAUCUCUCGUAUCCAUUACGGCGCAUGGAGGCGAUCAUGCGCCAGGUCAGGGCUACAUUUAUUUUGACCUCGGCCAGUUCCAGAGACAAACUGGCCCAGACCGUGGAGCAAGUCAUUAUAGUAGAUGAGUCGCUAGCCCUAUCGCAGCCAGAUGUGCCUUUUCCAGAGAUUGCCCCGACCGAUCCGGCGUACGUUCUCUUCACGUCCGGAAGUACCGGGGCUCCCAAGGGCUGUGUAAUGGAUCAGGACGCCUUUUCUACCGUUGAUAUCCACGGCGAGACCCUAAAAAUCGAUCGAGGACGCCGGGUACUUCAAUUUGCCUCUUUGAGUUUUGGCGUCUCCUUGAUUGAAAUAUGGUGCACCCUGGUUAAGGGAGGGACAGUGUGUGUUCCAUCAGAUGAGAGUCGCCUAAAUGGCCUUACCGACGUGAUGGAAACGCUCCAGGUCAGUUGGGCAAUACUCACACCCUCACUCGCUAGCACGAUCGACCCAACUAAGUUGAGCAAACUUGAAAUUCUAGCACUUGCUGGUGAACUUGCGGGCAAGAGUCAAGCUGCGUCAUGGCUCAAUAGUAGGGUCCAUGUCAUGCAAGCCCAUGGGCUGACGGAAUGGUGCGGCAUCUGCUGUGUUAAUCCGCAAGUUCGCUCAGUCGACACAUUGAGGACGAUUGGUCGGCCCUCCAACGCGAAUGUGUGGGUUGCAGAUCCUGAAGAUUAUCAACGACCGGCGCCGGUGGGUGCUGCUGGAGAGUUACUGCUUCAAGGGCCCAGUCUCGCCCAGGGGUAUUUCGAUAACCCAUCCGUCACGGAAAUGGCCUUCAAAUCUACGCCAGAAUGGGUACGACAAAUAUCUGGCCAGAGAGGGCGAGUGUAUAGGACAGGAGACCUGGUUCAGUACAACCCUGAUGGAACCUUGCAGUAUGUUGGGCGGAAAGGCGUGCAGGUCAAGAUUCGGGGCCAACGGGUAGAGCUGGGCGAAGUCGAGUAUCAGGUCAAGCAGUGCUUUCCUACGAAGGUUUCGAAAGUCAUAGCAGAGGUUGUUACCCUCCAGGGCAAGCCAUAUCCUCAUUUGCUGGCAUUCAUCGUGCCAGAGCGUCCAUUAACAGAACGCCAACGAAAAGGCAGCUCCUUGUUUGAGGAACCAUCCGAUAAUUUCCUCCAUCAUGCUAAACAGGCAGACUCGAACCUAAGAAACAUUCUGCCUCCGUAUAUGUUGCCAGAGUCUUUUAUCCCGCUGUCUGACGUACCCCUGACUGUAAGCGGCAAAACAGACCGUCGAACCCUUCGUGAGUGCGCAUCAUCGCUUGAUAUGGCAGUGUUCGAUUUCAACCGGUUUCUACAAUCAAAUUCAAAGCAGAGUAGUACGAAACCAAAAACAUCGAUAGAGAGUCAGCUGCAGCAGAUAUUUGCCCAGGUACUCAAGGCCGAGGAAAGUACCGUCGGCAUCGAUGACAAUUUCUUCCAUCUUGGGGGUGACUCCAUUGCUGCAAUGCAGGUUGUAUCCAAAUGUCGGCAUGCAGGUAUUUCCUUGACGGUCCAGGAUAUCUUUCACUGCAUGACCGUGUCUUCCCUUGCGGCGAAACUGGGUCCAAUAGAACCUGACCCGCUUCCCAGCAACGGUAAGGUGGACUUAGGACAGCCCCAGUGGGAGCACAUGGUGGAUCCGUCAUCACUACCCGUUCCUCUGGAUAAGGUUGAUACAGCUUUCUCCUGCUCACCAAUGCAGCAAGGCAUGCUGUUGAGCCGUGCUAGAGAGACGGGUAGCUAUCAGGUGCGCACGGUGUGGAAACUGAAGACAAGGUCAAGCGUCGAGGUUAUUCAGUUAGACCGGCUGAAAAUGGCAUGGCAAGCUGUGGUGAAGCGCCACCCAAUGCUACGGGCUAUCGUAGUGGAAAAUUCCUCGGAUAAUGGGUGUUAUUUCUACAACGUUGUCUUGAAGGAGACUCCUUCAAUAAACGUUGUGCAGCAGGAUGGCAGCGAGAUAACCAUUAGUAGGAUCAUCAAGAACCAGUGGAGGGAUUAUAAGGAGACUGAGCCACAAGUUCAGCUCACACUCUUUGUUCAAUCAUCGAUGGAUACUAUUUUCUGCUUGCUGGAUACAGACCACACCCUGCUCGACGCGGGUUCCAUGAGAAUCAUCAUGCGAGACUUGGUUUCAGCAUAUUGCAAAACGCUGCAACCAGGGCCCUGUUACAGCUUUCAGAAAUAUACGCAGUACCUGAAAACAAUCUCGCAACAGCCGUCCCUUGCAUAUUGGAAGGAGUACCUUAAAGCUGCUGAGCCGUGCUUGUUUCCCGCGCUGGAAGGUGAGCCUGCGCGUCUCAAUAAGGGGAAGCAACUCAAAAUGCAGAAUAUAGUCUUUGAAGAUGCCCAGAUGAAAACACUUCACUCGUUCUGUCAGUCGACCGGCACUACCCUGUCCAACAUCCUCCAGGUAGCAUGGGGAGUUGUACUGUGUGCGUACACAGGCUUCAGCAAUGUUUGCUUUGGCUCUUUGACCGCAGGUCGCGAUGUUCCCGUCACCGAUAUUGACGAAGCCGUUGGACCCUUUAUCACCAUGCUCAUCACCCGUGUUGAUCUGACCCAGGAUAAUCGCCCAGUUAAACAGAUUCUGCAGCAAAACCGGCAGGAUUUCGUCCAAGGCCUGUCUUACCAGCACUGUUCUCUAGCGGACAUCUUGCACUCUAGUCAGCUCGGUGACCAGCCCCUCUUCAACACGGUGUUCUCCUUCCGAAGGCCACUGUCCCCAGAAGAAUCUGACAUGUCUCCGUUCACUGUUGAAUGUACCUGGGAACAAAGUCCAACGGAGUAUGACAUCUCAAUUAAUGCCAUUACAUCGGGCUCGAGGAUGACCGUCUUUCUCGAGUACUGGACAACCAUCCUGUCGGACUAUCACGCUGCCAAUGUCUUAGACACGUAUUCCAGAGCUAUCUCUGAGAUCAUCAGCAAGCCGCAUGCCACGGUGGCAGAUCUCAAUCUAUGUACUGAGCGAACCAAACAACAACUUUCCAUCUGGAACUGGCCAGUCUACGAAGUCGACAUGUGUAUGGAUGAACUUAUUCGCACAAAAUGCGCUUCCAGACCUAACUCAACGGCGCUGUGUGCGUGGGACGGGAGUCUAACGUAUUCAGAGCUCUACAGGCUAUCGUCUGCGCUAGCUGAUCAUCUUGUUGAGACUGGGAUCAAACCAGAAAUGUAUGUGGGCUUGUGCUUCGAAAAGUCCAAGUGGGCCACGGUGGCCAUGGUAGCGGUUGUACUGGCCGGAGGAGCGUUUGUGAUGCUCGAUCCUUCGCACCCUCAACUGAGACUGAAAGAAAUUGUACGCGACGCAGGCGCAGCUUGGAUCCUUUCCUCCACAGCCCAGUCCCCACUCAGUCAGAGCCUUACUACCUCGUCUAGUUCUUGUGUAAUUGUAUGUGGGGAAACCCUUGAUCAGCUACUACUACCUGGAUCCAGAGUGUCCUCCGGUAGUAGUAGUAGGAGUAGUGGUGUAUCUGUACAACCCCAUAACGCUCUCUAUGCGGUCUACACGUCCGGUUCCACCGGCAAACCCAAGGGCGUUGUGAUUGAUCAUCGGAUGUUUGUCACUGGCUCCAGAGCGCGACAAGGGGCCCUGUCACUCACUGAUACGGCAAGGGUGUUCCAAUUUUCCUCAUACAGCUUCGACGUCAGCAUUUCAGAUACUCUGCUCUGCUUGGCAACUGGUGCAUGUCUCUGCGUUCCCUCCGAAACGGAACGAAUCAACCACCUGGCCGAAACAAUCAACACGUAUCAGGCCGAUUGGGCAUGCUUGACACCGUCCGUCCUCCGAAUGCUUCAUCCAAAGGCGGUUCCGACUCUGCAAACUAUCAUUGUGGGCGGGGAGCCAUUAUCCAAUGCAGACAUUGCCAUCUGGUCGGGACAGAGUCGUUUAAUUGCCGAAUAUGGUCCUGCGGAGUGCUCCGUGGGGUGCUGCGUCCAGUCCCAGAUCAAUAAGGACUCAGACCCGUCCAACAUAGGGUUUGCCAUGGGAUGUAAAUUGUGGAUUGUGGACAAAGCGAAUCAUGAGAAACUCGCCCCAAUCGGUGCUGCGGGUGAGUUGGUAGUUCAAGGGCCUAUUGUAGGACGCGGGUACUUGAAUAAUCCAGCCCAGACGGCGGAAGUGUUCAUUACCAAGCCCCCACAGUGGUUGAAAGAUCUUCAGUCAUCGGCCAGUGCGUCGCGCCUGUACAAAACAGGGGAUAUUGCACGAUACAGUGCCGAUGGGUCAAUUAAAUAUAUAGGCCGAAAGGAUACGCAAGUCAAGCUUCGGGGUCAGCGAAUUGAGCUGGGAGAUAUUGAGCAGCACGUCAGGGCGUGCUUUGAGCGUGCAAGGCAUGUUUGCGUGGAUAUAAUUACGCCGAAGCAGGCUACUGCUGCCAUGGUCAUCGCCUUUGUGGAGCUGAAUGAUGUUCUUCCCAACAAAGGGGAGAAAAACGGAGAUAUAGAUACAAUUUUCCUGUCUCCUGAUGCCGAAUUUCGUUCAGAGGCAAUUCGCGUCAAAUCCUGCCUGACAAACUCCCUACCUACCUUUAUGAUCCCUUCCACUUUCAUUCCUGUUAGGCGCCUACCAUUAACUUUCUCAGGCAAACUAGACCGACUCAGGCUUCAAAAGAGUGUGAAACAACUCCCCUUUAGUACACUGAUGAACUACAUAUCAAACCAAAGGGAAAUACAGCUCCCUGCAACACCUGCGCAACAGAGCCUGCAGGAAUUGGUUGCCAGCGUUCUUGGUGUUAGCCUUGAUAUUGUAAGCAUGGCGAACAAUUUCCUUGGACUGGGGGGUGAUUCUAGCACAGCAAUGAAGCUAGUGAGUGCUGCAAGGCAGGCAAGGCUCUUCUUCACGGUUCGAGAUGUCUUCCUAUGUCCCAAUUUGGAAAGCCUGGCGCACAAAGGCAGCCAUCAUGACUCGUCACAAACACCAAAAACACAUGAAAGGGCCACGAUUGAUGAGGCAUAUCUGCGCGAGAUAAUUGGGCCUCAAGUUUUCGGCGGGGCGGAUAAUAUUGCUGAGAUUAUGCAUACCACAGACUUCCAGACCGAGUCCAUCCUUUACUGGCCCUGUACCCAUUUUUUCCUAAGCAUGAAAGGUGCUGUGGAUUCGGAACGAUUGAAGGCAGCAUGUCAAGCGCUUUUAGAUCGGCACUCAGCCCUUCGCACGGUCUUUGUCUCACAUCAGCAUGCCUUACUACAGAUAGUUUUGGGUCAUAUCGAUCUCGAUUUUACGCAGAUAUUGUGUUCUGAGGAUCUCACCAGCGCUGCAGAAGAUCUGUGCAGAGCUGAUAAUAUUAUCCCUUUACCCCUUAGCAUUUCUCCUCUGAGAUUUAAACUUCUCUCCUCUUUGCACGGGCAGGAGCACGUUCUGAUUAUAAGAAUGUCUCAUGCACAAUAUGAUGGCUACAGCAUGUCGACCAUUUACCAGGACCUAGCAACCGCAUAUCAGAGAGACACACUCUCAAACCCGUCAUCUGGUUUUUCAACAUAUGUUCGCCACAUCCAGUGCUACAACACUGAUACAUCAUUUGCGAUUUGGCGUGAAAUCCUCAAGGACGCUUCAAUGACCCACAUCCCGCAAAGCACCAAUACUACUAUCCCUUGCACUCACCGUUCAGACGAAAUAAUAGAAAGCCAAGACACUAUCCCUUCUUUCGACCUUCCCACCGGGGUUACAAUGGCCACCCUCUUUAAAGCGGCCUCUGCGUAUGUCUUCAUGCAGCUCACCAGCCAGCAAGACGUCACAUUUGGUCAGGUCGUCAACGGCCGCGGAGUCGAUCUCCCUGGUGUUGAAGGCAUAGUUGGGCCGUGCCUCAACAUCAUCCCCGUGCGAGUCCAGGCAGGCCCCACGCAGACAGUCGCACAGUUUCUCCGCCAAAUUCAUGACCAGCACGUUCAGACCAUGAUUUGUGACACAGUCGGUCUGUCAAAUAUUAUUCGCCAAGCUACCAGUUGGCCAGAAGAUACCCAAUUGGGAAUGCUGUUCCAGCAUCAGAACAUUGACCUAACUCCGCAAUUCUCCUUAGAUCAUGGGAUUGACUGCACGGCACGGGCCUUUUCGCAGCCUUAUCAACGCAGCUACUUGCAUGUGGUGACAGUGCCCCGGAAUGAUAGUAUAUUUGUUUAUGUUUCCUCGCCCGCAGGUCUGAUGUCACAGCAGAGGCUGCAGAAAGUUUUAGAAGGACUAGUUAAGACAGUUCAAUGCUUCGCUGCCCAGCCAGGGCAAGCGAUUGCGGAUUGCAAGGACCUCGGACUGCAUGCAUUGAAUGGAUAUCAAUAAGUUAGCAUUGGUCGUGACUAAACAGAGCUUGGCAGGCCUGUACAGAAUAGUGGUUGGAAGCACAUAAUUGAAUGCCACUGGGAGCUACAGGUUAGUAGCGGUCAUUUUC